UCUUGAUCGUCUCUGGAAAUCCUGACCGCACUGCUCUAAGCUCAGUCAGGUUCACAGAGGCUUUGGAGUUGCCAGCGGAAACACUGAGCUGCCGCCGCAGAUUGCAACGUUCUCUCUUCAAGGAUUUAUCUCCCAUUUCCCCCCCCGACGCUGUGGACUAAAUAACAAAGGGGAUCCAUUUCCACAACCGCUGAAGUCUAGGCUCUAGAGAAUGGGAAGGUCUGCAGAGGGGCAGAUGGCGGUGCUGUUGAUGUGGAUGUGGGCCUUCACCCUGAGCGUCGCCACGGCCACCGCGGAAAGGACGGCCACAGGACCAGCACGGCUGAGACAUAAGAGGGAGUGGCUGUGGAAAUCCCUGUACGUGGAGGAAGAGAAGGCCGGUUCACUGCCCUUCUACGUGGGAAAGCUGAAUUCCACCAAGGCCAACAAGAAUACUAAGUUUGUCAUCGAAGGAGAUGGCGUCAACACGAUUUUCAGGGUGGACCAAUAUGGAGACAUUUCGGCCUACGAGAAGCUGGACAGAGAGGAAAAGAGCUCGUACACGCUAACAGCGUCUCUGGUCGAUAUCCACACCAACCAGCCCAUCGAAGACAAAGACGUGUUUACCAUUCGCAUCCUUGACAUCAAUGACAACAGCCCGCAGUUUCCAAAAAAUUACACAGGAUCUAUUGCUGAGAGAUCACCUAAAGGGACAGAAGUAUUGAAAGUGACCGCAACCGAUGCAGACGAUCCAACCACAUCCAACGGACAAGUUAUUUACCAGCUGCUAAAUGGAACCGAUCUCUUUAGCAUCAACGGCAUGGGGAGCAUUACAACAAAAGUUAAUAACCUGGACCGCGAGAAGCAGAGCACGUACAGAAUUAUGGUUCAUGCAAAGGACAUGCCGACCGUGUCAGUUGGCAACUCCGCCACAACGAUGGUCACCAUCAAUGUUGGCGAUAUCAAUGACAACAUGGCUUCCUUUAAACCAGGUGCCUUCAGUUUCCACGUGAGGGAAAACGAAAAGCCAGCUUUCAAAGUGGGCGUCAUGGAGGUGGAGGACCAGGACGAGGUGCAGAAUAAGGACCCGUCCUUCACCAUGAAGCCCGAGGCUUGCAGCCGCAUGUUUCAGGUGGAGCAGAACCCCAGGAGAGAUGCGGUCCUCACUCUCAAAGAGGGCCUCGAUUUCGAACAAACGGCCAAGUACACAUGCGAGGUGCAGAUGCGGGAAGACGGUCUGGUGAGUCCUCCCGAUAACAGCGGAAGACUGAACGCCAGGGCCACGGUCGUCAUCGACGUGCUGGACGUCGACGAGCCGCCCCUCUUCACCCAGAAGGUCUACAACUUCAGCCUUCGCGAGGACGCCGCGCCCAACUCCAAAGUGGGACAGGUCUCGGCCAGAGACCCCGACGCCGCCCAGCUCAGAGUACGAUACUCCAUAGAUGACCCAAACUGCCCGGUGAGGAUUGACGCGAAUAGUGGCGAUAUGUACACAAACAAGAUGCUGGACCGGGAGCUCGUUCCCUUACACACGUUCCACGUGACCGCUGCGGAGAUGGGAUCCCAAGGUCUGAAAUCCUACGCAACCGUGAACCUGGUGGUUGUUGACGUCAACGAUAACGCGCCAGAGCUAACGAACGCCACAAACGUUUAUGUUUGCCACAACGAAGCAGCCGGCAUGGUUGUGCGGACAAUCGGAGCUGUUGACAAAGACGAACACGCACAGGAGUUUUAUUUCAGCCUCGCCAAAGAGAGCGCCAACUUUUCGCUCAUCAACAAUGGAAACGGCACAGCCAGCAUCGUGGUGAAGCAGGGGAACUUCGAGGCGGACGACGCCCGGGAGUACCUGCUGGAGGUGGUGGCGAGGGACGUGGGUGAGCCCUCCCGCAGCAGCACCACCACCGUCACCAUCCGGACGUGCCGCUGCGGCCCGGACAUGUCCAAGGAGGCCUGCACGGAGCCCUACAUCCAGGCGGGACUCAGCAUCCACGCCCUCAUCGCCAUCCUCCUCUGCAUCCUCACCAUCCUGGUCAUCGUGAUCCUCAUCGUCCUGAGGAGGCGGUAUCGGAAGGAGACCAUGGUGGCCCUGGGAAAAAGCACGGGGGACAUGCACGAGCAGCUGGUGACGUACGACGAGGAAGGGGGCGGCGAGAUGGACACCAACGGCUACGACGUGUCCGUGCUGACGUCGGCGCGGAACGAGGGCGGCCCGCGGCAGGCCCCGGGCCUCUACGCCGUGGUGAAGAAGCCGUCCCUCACGCCGGCGCCCCCGCCCCCGCCCGUGGCCGGCCGUGCCGACAUGGGGUUGAUGAUCGAGGCCAAGAAGGGCGAGGCCGACCACGACAGGGACGGGAUCCCCUACGACACCCUGCACAUCUACGGGUACGAGGGGCCCGAGUCGCUGGCCGACAGCCUCAGCUCCCUGGGCACGUCCUCCCAGGACUCCAGCCUCGACUACGACUUCCUCCAGGACUGGGGCCCGCGCUUCAAGACCCUGGCCGAGCUCUAUGGGGUGGACGGGUCCGAGGACGGCUACCCGUACUGAGCCUGAGAAACGGGGCGCGGGGGGGGGGGGGAGCCAACCCUAAAUUCCACUCACUGGCCCGCCUCGUCGUUCCCGACACGAAGAGCGCGAAGCGGCUUGACUUUGACCAAAAAUUCUUCUGCUGAUGAAGCCGGACCCCACGACGAAGGGAGUGGCCACCAUAUGUUUUCAGCAUUUACUGUCAGCCAUGGCAGUCACACCAAAAGAAAAAAAGAUUGUGCAUCGUAUUUUUCUUUUUUUUUUUUACAUCAUUGGCAUUUGACCGUAACUGCAGUGCAGAUGUGUUUGUCGUGAUUCAGUUUAUGGCUCUUUGUUUUUUCACGCUCUUUUAAGUGCACAUGCUGUCUGUCUAAAGGCCACGGGCAGAUUAUAAACAGCUCAUUAGCUGAAAUAUGACUCCUCUUUUUGUGACCUUUUUUCAUGCCUAAGUAUAAUUGAUGGAAUUUGCAUUUUUUACACUUCUAAGAAUAAGGGAGAAGAAGGUUUUGUCACGUGUGGCAUUUAUGACUGCUCAAAACUACUGUGAAGUAAAAACUAAAAUAUUUGUUUUGUUGUUGCGUUUGAAGAAUUGCAUCGACAUGGGGACGAUUCUCUGAAGAAUUUGUAGGACCCACAUUUGUUAAUGAGUGACUUUGUAUUCGUAAUUGCGUUACAGCUGACCAAAAUGAGGUUUUUUACUGCAGGAAGGCUACACAAUAGACACAAAGAGAUCUUGGCAGGAAACUGUGGUAGCAUGGUUUUGAAAGACUUAGAGGCAAUCCCAAUUUUAUUUGACAGGACUUAUCAACACAUGAACUGGGCAGGAUAAAUCCCCUGUCCCUCUGGACCAUCAUAACAAAUCACAACAACCAACUCAGGAAACACCAAGUAGCAGAGAAGUCCAUAGAUGACUGAACUGUGUUCUGAAUAACUUUAACCUUUCAGAAGAGCAAUUUUAUCUGACUGAAUCAUCACAUAUUGUUAAGGCAGCAGAUGUCAAACUGUACUUGUGUUCCAAAUAGAACCCAAAAUGCACUGCAAAAUGAUCAGUGUUAGAGUCUGAGUGAAUCCAACACAGACAACAUGUACAUGUACAGAGUUAAAAUGACUCUAUCAGACUAGGGGCAAUUUGUAUCCCUAUUUUGCAUUGUCUACAACUUUUAGCUGCAGAAGGAAAUCUAAAAGUGAUCUUCUUUUUCCAACAGCUAUACUCUCACUUUUUAUUUCAGUAAACAGAUAAUGUUGUUCACAUUCAGCAAACACCAAGGUGGUUUGAUUGAAUGGCACCCCCCCCCCCCCCCCUUACACACACACACACACUCACACUCACUCUCUCCCUUUCUCUUCUAAAUUCCAUAUGUUUAAUUUAAUACAAGCUGAACAAACAUAAAUAGUUUCAUUCACUUUUGUGAAAAGUAUUAAUGUGUAGUUUCCCCCUAUACCAAAGGUAUGCCCACUUGGAGACAAGCCCUGUAAACAGUUCAUACAAUACGUGGAAGCUAUUUUAAAGAAUUCCUGCUCAGACCAUAUAGACCAAGACCUAGACUCCCAUCCUCCCUCGCUCCCAGCCCCCUUUCCAAAUAUCCAAACAAAGCACUGGAACCGACUUCCUGUACAUCUGUGUUUAAGGAAACCUACUUCCUGGCCUGUUAUCUUUUAAACUAGUGCACCACAUUGUGGCUCUUUUCCUGUUUUCCUGGCUGGGAGUAAAAAUGUACUGUGUACAAAGAGUGUUGCAAAGUGUAAUGUAAUGUGGUUAGGCCUUUACCAACGGUGUUUUAGGACAAUCUACAACAUGUGCCUCAGUCUGUACGUCUGUUUAUCAUAGCCCUUGACUUGUAAAAUAUUUGUUUGGUGGCAUGGCUUUAUCUUAAUAUUUUUCCACACACUUAUAAAUUUGUCGUUAUCACUAUAAAUGCUUUUUAAUCUUAAGUUGGGACAGUACAGUGGGACAGGUUUUGGUGGUGCAACAAUAAGAAGAAUAGCAGUUACUCACAAUACUGUCAUAUCCUAAUGCAAACUUAAUCCAGUGUUUUCCUAAUAUAGUAUAUGGUUAAUGUAAGGAUUGACAGGGGAUAUACAAGUGCUAUGGGGACAUUAUAUGGCAAGGCUGUGUCGUAACGAUACUAUAUGUUGAAAAUGAUACGGUUACCUAAAAGUUAAUGGUGCACAGAAAGGUCAAAUGAUGAUAUUCUAAAGGGUGACUAAACCAACUGCCAAUUUCUUGGCUAUUAACCAUAUUGCAUUCCCUGCUGAAUUCAGAUAUGAUGUCUUAACUCUGAACAACACAGCUUUUCAAAGGAUUUUUUCUUUGAGCUGACUGUUACAGUAUGUGCAUGUGUACUGAAACACUGUAACGACCACUGUGAUUUAUGCGUACUGCAAACAUCCGUUUGCACCGUUCGUCCAAACACUGUACAUAGGAAACGUGCCUGCAUCUCAGCUCCAACAUUCCUUUUUGACGUGUAUUCAAGUGGCAAAUACUUGACAAUUUUGUAUCAUGUCUGCUGUAUGAAGUGAUUUGUUAGUGUAAAAAAAAAAAACAUUUUGUAAUAUGUGAAAGGUAUGUGUGCCUGUGUAUGUGUAUAUAUUCCAGUAGAUGUCAGUAUUGGGCAGUGUGAAGAGACACUUGGAUGCCAUUUCCAUGGAAGUAUUUCUUAAGGGUGAUCAAAAUGUGCCUUCCUCUGUGAACAUUCACAGAACCAGCCCUUUUUUUCCUAGUGUUUUUAUUGUGUUACACAAUUUUUUUAUAAAAAUGGCCAAUUUUAUAUGAAUAUAAUAAAUUCAACUUUACACUUAA